CGUGGGGGGAGGGUGCGGGGCCGAGUUGGCCAAGACGCGCAACGCAGACCCAGAGGCCUGAGCUCCUCGGCCCGCACCACGGCUGCGGGACCGGGCGGGGGCGGGGCGGCCCCGGCCAGUGGGCCCGCGAGAGGACUCAGCCCCCAGUCUGGGAGGCUCCCAGGCUAAAAUACGAUCCUGAGAGAAGACAGCUGGGGCUGGGGCUGAAACAGGGAAUAGGUGGUCCCAUGGCAGAGACCCCUGAGCCCUGCCCACCAUCUCUCAGCCCCAGGAUGCUCCCCUUCGCCUUCUGCUUCCCCGGGUCUCUACAGCUCUGGGCCCUGCUGUUGUUGCUCUUGGGGGCAGCCUAUCCCCAGGAUUCCGAGGAGCCGGACAGCUACACGGAAUGCACAGAUGGCUAUGAGUGGGACCCAGACAGCCAGCACUGCCGGGAUGUCAACGAGUGCCUGACCAUCCCCGAGGCCUGCAAGGGAGAAAUGAAAUGCAUCAAUCACUAUGGGGGCUACUUGUGCCUACCACGCUCAGCUGCUGUCAUCAAUGACCUGCAUGGCGAGGGACCCCCUCCACCAGUGCCCCCUGCUCAACACCCCAACACCUGCCCACCAGGCUAUGAACCCGACCAACAGGAGAGCUGUGUGGAUGUGGAUGAGUGUGCCCAGGCCUUGCACGACUGUCGCCCCAGCCAGGACUGCCAUAACCUGCCUGGCUCCUACCAGUGCACCUGCCCUGAUGGCUAUCGCAAGAUUGGGCCCGAGUGUGUGGACAUAGAUGAGUGCCGCUACCGAUACUGCCAGCACCGCUGUGUGAACCUUCCUGGCUCCUUCCGCUGUCAGUGCGAGCCGGGCUUCCAGCUGGGGCCCAACAACCGGUCCUGUGUGGAUGUGAAUGAGUGUGACAUGGGGGCCCCAUGUGAGCAGCGCUGCUUCAAUUCCUAUGGGACCUUCCUGUGUCGCUGCAACCAGGGCUAUGAGCUACACCGGGAUGGCUUUUCCUGCAGCGAUAUCGAUGAGUGCAGCUACUCCAGUUAUCUCUGCCAGUAUCGCUGUGUCAACGAGCCAGGUCGCUUCUCCUGCCACUGCCCUCAGGGCUACCAGCUGUUGGCCACGCGUCUCUGCCAAGACAUUGAUGAGUGUGAGUCGGGUGCACACCAGUGCUCUGAGGCCCAAACCUGUGUCAACUUCCAUGGGGGCUACCGCUGCGUGGAUACCAACCGCUGUGUGGAGCCCUACGUUCAGGUGUCUGACAACCGCUGUCUCUGUCCUGCCUCCAACCCUCUGUGCCGGGAGCAGCCCUCAUCCAUUGUGCACCGCUAUAUGAGCAUCACUUCGGAGCGCAGUGUGCCUGCUGAUGUAUUCCAGAUCCAAGCCACCUCUGUCUACCCUGGGGCCUACAAUGCCUUUCAGAUACGUGCCGGAAAUUCACAGGGGGACUUCUACAUUAGGCAAAUCAACAAUGUCAGCGCCAUGCUGGUCCUCGCCCGGCCAGUGACAGGCCCCCGGGAGUACGUGCUGGACCUGGAGAUGGUCACCUUGAACUCCCUCAUGAGCUACCGGGCCAGCUCUGUACUGAGACUCACCAUCUUCGUGGGGGCCUAUACUUUCUGAGAGGGGACCCUCUGCACUGUCCCCUGUAGCCAAGGAGCCUGGGGGGCAGGGAUGACUGUUUUGAUAAAAGGGAAAAUGUUGUGAAGGGAAGAAAGAGAAAGGCAAAUAAAGGGAGAAAGAAG